AUGACGGACGUCCCAGACAUCCCAUCAACAGUCGCACCUAGCCCGUGCCAAGUUUCACUGCCCCCGGUGGCGAUGCUUGACUCUCGAUCGGAUACCCAAAGCCAACAACCUCCAGCUGCCAUAGACACAGAGGCUACAGAGUCAACAGACUGCCAGUCAAACGGGAGAGAGGACGAUCAAGCCACCAACCAACCCGAAGCCCCAUCAUCGCAAUUUUUUAAUAAAUGGGAACCACGAAUAGCCGCGUGCUCGUCCUUCGCCGACCUGGAUCAAGCAUCCACGGAAUUAACAGCCGACUGGCACAUGAUGACCACAUCGGUAGACGAGGCCACCACCACCCGCCCCGCUCGGCAGCCCAGGCCAGUCAGUGACGACCAACAAAAGAAGCGCCGGACCCAGUCUCGCCAGCAGCAACGCAUCAAGCGACGGUCGAACAGUGCCCUCUGGUCUCAGAUAAGCAGGAUGCAAAAACUCUUCAAUCGGUACCCCCGCCGGGCUGUGAGAAAAGUGCUUGGCGAGAACUCCCAAGCUUACACGGGGACAACUGAGGACGCCACCCAAUUUCUGCGACGAACCUACACUCGCCCCCGACCAUCUGCAGGGGAAGUGAAUAGUGCCCGCCAAGCCUACGACAGUUGUAACUGGGCAAAGCCGUCACCAGUAGAAUUAUCCGUCCUGGCUUCUCCACCAACGAAAGAAGAGAUCGCACAGAAGCUCAAGAGAGCCACCAACACAGCCCCUGGGGCUGAUGGAAUAGAGUACCGUGACAUCAUCAAGCUCGAUCCGGAGGGGAAACUUCUGGAAAAGCUGUAUGAGGCGGUUUGGCGCCUUGGCAUACCCACGGGAUGGAAGUCAGCGAGGAUCAUUCCAAUCUUCAAAAAGGGGGAUCCGACAGAUUUCAGCAACUUUCGACCAAUAUCUCUCCUGUCCACUCUCUACAAGGUCUUUUCGGGUACCAUCGCGUCGCGACUUUGUACGGUGGCCAGCAACAACGAGUGGCUGUCAGCCGAACAGAAAGGAUUUCUCCCAGGAGCCCACGGAAUUCAGGAGCACUCCAUGCUUCUGGAAACUGCCAUUGGGGAAGCAAAGCACCUCCGCAAGGAUCUCACCAUUUGUUGGCUUGACCUCGCCAACGCAUUCGGCUCUCUUCCGCAUGACUAUCUGGAGGAACUGUUUAACAGCCUCCCAAUACCCAUCGAGCUCCAGUCAACAUUGGCCGACAUCUACAGGGACAACAUAUCUCAAUUUGUAGUCAACGACGACCUCGUCCCGAUUGCAUCAACGUCCGGAGUACGGCAGGGCGACGGCCUGAGCUCCAUCGUUUUCAACCUGGCGGCUGAACCUCUCCUCAGGUGCGCAAAGGCUCCCAGCAACGCUGGAUUUCCCAUGCUUGGCACCACUGCCAAGGCUACCUCAUAUGCCGACGACAUCUCGGUUAUAGGGCAGCGCCCAGCCCAGCUCCAGAUCACCAUCGACGCUAUGUGCUCCGUCGCCUCCACUUUAGGGCUCCAAUUCAACGGAGCUAAGUGCGCGGCCAUAACCUUCACCAAAGGCAAAGUGGACACGUCAGCCCCCCUUCGAAUAGACGGAAAGCCAAUCAGGACGCUUGGUGAUGGCGACAAUGAGACUUACCUCGGGGUUCCAAUUGGGUCCCGCCUCCUUUUCCGUCCUGCCACAUCCAUACCCGACAGCCUCGUGAAGGUUGCUGACUCUGACCUUGCGCCAUGGCAAAAGCUCGAGGUCUUCCGCAGCCACCUUCUUCCCUCCAUCUCGCAUCACCUAGCAACUGGUCGUGUCGAAAAAUCUUUUCUACACGACCUCGACAAGAAUUGCGCAGACUUUCUCCGUCUGGUGGCCAACGUCCCACACAAUGCUCACACAGACUUCCUCUAUGCCGAUCGUCGGGCCGGCGGCCUUGGAGCCACGCGUCUCUCGGAGGAUGCCGACGUAUGGACAAUCGCACGGGCGGCCCAACUUCUUGACAGCUCCGACGCCGUCGUCAGCUCAGUGGCCAGGGCGCAAGCCUCAAAAAACAUCUACAACGCCCUAAAGAUUGAACCAACCACCGCUUUACUGUCCGACUACCUCUCAGGCUCCCAAACUGGGGGUCUCUAUGACAUCCGCUUCGCUAGCACAGGAGCAAAUACCUGGUCAAGGGCCAGGCGGGCCGCCAAAAGACUUAGGGUGAGGAUUGACGUAUCCAGCGACGACACAAAAACUUUACUGGUUGCUGACGACGUCUCCACAACCUCGGUCAAGGCAGUCCGGGGCCUCCGUUCCGUCAUCCGCAGCCGACACACAUCAAACCUCUGCUCAGCACCCCAUCAGGGAGUCGUGGCCAAAGGACUCAUGCUCGAGCUGAAAUCAUCCGACAUGGCCCGCCUCAUAUCGUGCAGAACAACUCUCAAUUUCGACGAUUGGGAGCUCAUCCAUCAGACCAGGCUCGGUCUCCUCCCUCUCCAUGGAGCUCCUGGAUACCAACCGAGCGACAAGAGCUGCCGGAAGUGUGGUCGCCAACUUGAGACCACCACUCAUGUCCUCAAUGCCUGCCCCAACAACCUUCCCUGCAUGACCUUAAGGCACGACGCGGUGCUCACUCGACUCAACGCCACCCUCACACGAGCAGGACACACCACUCGCGUGAACAAAUGUUACGACGGUACCCUUCUCCGUCCUGACCUCCUCAUUACUUCAGUCGAACCACCCGUCAUCAUCGACAUCACCAUCCCGUUUGAUGAGCCGGAGAACCUGCAGUUGGCGCACGAUGAAAAGGUGCGAAAAUACUCUCCACUUACAACAACCAUCCCAUUCGUCGUCGGCUCACUGGGAUCUUGGCUAACCUCAAACGAUGCCAUAGCAACAACACUAGGCAUUACCUCCCGAUCCUGGAACUCAACCAGGAGAGACACUCGCCUGCUGGCCAUCAAGGGAUCACUCGCAAUUGCCAGGCAGCACAUCUGCCGUCCGAACCAGGACCCCACAACACCGGCAGAGCAAGAACCCCAGGCCCAAUCACCCCCUUCGUGA